AUGUCCAGAUACGCUUCCGAUGGGCUUGAACGCAAACACAGUGGACCACUGAAAAGUUCUAAUUCUGCAGGUGCAGGUGCUGUGGAUGAAGAUGUGUUCUACCAGUCUUUCGUUCCGGCCAUGUCAAUUUCGGCCUAUUCCCCGAAGGAAUUGGUCGAAAUUGUCAACAGGCUCAAAGAAAUAUUAUCAGGAAAUCCCGAGGAAUGGGAAAAACGUGUUGAUGCGCUGAAAACGUUGCGUGCUUUAGUUGCGAAUGGUGCUGCGCAGUUCGACGAAUUUGUGCCGCUGCUCAAAACGCUGGAGGUCCCGCUUGAUACAUGUCUACGCGAUCUACGUUCGUCCGUGGUUCGUGAGGCCUGUAUCACAGUCGCCUAUCUUUCGCAGGAAUUGAAGAAUCGUUUUGAUCGUUGUGCGGAGUCCGUGUUGCAGACACUGAUCAUUUUGUUGUCUAACAGCGCCAAGAUCAUGGCCAGCAGUGCGAAUGUGGCCAUGCGUUUCAUUCUCGAAGUGAGUGCGCGGAUCUGGCAGCAUGGAUUGGUUUAUUGUUCACACUGUGGGUACCCACGAUCCUGCACUACGUUUUAG